AUGGACGAGAAUUCCGUGUCAUCUCUGCUCGAAGGGUCUGAUUUGGCCAACCUGUAUACCAGCAUCGACAAGACCAACGUGCAUGGCUUGAAUUUAACCGUUCCAGAGGACGCACAGGCAAUCAUCAAACCCUGGAACGAGAGGAACGACACCUCACAUUCCGCAGAGUCCGGAGUUGACGACCAGAUCAUCAUCCAUGUCCCCUUCACCCAGAACGUUCGCGUGCGGUCUGUGCUCCUGAAGCUCGGUAGGGGCGAAGUCGCGCCACGGCACCUCCGCAUUUACGCAAACCACACGAACAUCGUCGACUUUGCGGAAGCAGAGGACGUCGCGCCAGCGAUGGACCUCAGCCUGCUCGAGGGCGAGAUUGGCGUGACGGAGUACCCGAUGCGCAACGCGGCCUUCGCCAACAUCCACUCCCUGUCACUCUUCUUCAGCGAAGCCGUUGGCGGCGAAUUCAUCACUAUUUAUUACCUCGGAUUCAGAGGCGAUGCGCGGCUGCAGCGCAAAGACGUCACGCAGAAGCUUGAGGUCCCCGCUGCGAACGCCGCAGAUGCAUCUCUUGUAGAUCGGUUAGCCGAGAAGACUGGCGGCCAACAGACCACCGCGAGAUAG